AUGACUCAAGUCAGUCUCGUAGACUCGGGACGAUUGUCUGCGCUUCUACAAGAAGCUCUAGGCUGGAAUGAUGAGAUCUCAUCAAUCACAGUGUCGGCGCAGAAUGGAUCGAUCUUAGCAUAUUCCUUCCGUCACAACACUCCCUCAGUCAAGGCGAUGCGCACCCGAUCGACAACGGUUGCAACGGCCUACGCUAUUGCAGGGCAAGAUAGUCUCGUUUUCGAGGCCCAGAGAACUGGAGCAUUGACCGUCAUAUCCUCUGUCGCAGACCAGAUUCUGUUAGCUGUUACCGGACCAGAACCCCAGGGCGUUGAUCCUUAUGAAAAGACCGUACACGAGGCAGACAGUACCGUAGAUGGAGAUACUACCGACGAAGAAGAUCCCAAGAUCGCGCGACUACGUACAGAGCUCGAGACUGUUAAUCAAGAGUUGGCAAGCAUUAUCCGUGAAGAGCUAUCAGAAAUGAAAUGGCCUGAGGACAUAUGA